AUGCCUUAUAAACGAUUUUUGACGCAAAGACAAUUAGAAGAGGAAUUGGAAAGUGUUGUUUUUGAGCUGGAAAAUGAUAAUAAUGUUGUACUGGAUGCAGUUUAUAUACCUCCAGACACCGAUGCUUUGACAGAUGAAGAAGAUAUAGAUGAUGAGAAUAUAUUGGCGGAAACGGCAAAGCCAAACGAUAUUGUCGGUACUUUCGAACUUCACAUCCCUAGCUCUUCCAAUUCUGUAGAUGUCGAUCAAAAUGUACGAAAACAAUACGAUUGGGACUCUUCUGAUGAAGAAACUUUAGAAACCAAAAAACGAAAAAUUACUGCUUCAGUUUCCCGUAAUACUGUUCUUGCACCGCAGUGGCUCAAAGGAGAAAUAGAAUAUACACACUCUCCAAUAUCAACUGAACAUCAAGACAAAGAAAACGUAGCUGUAGCUGUAGGUGGUAAGACACCUUUAGAAGUGUUCUUUUUAUUUUUUGACGAAGAAGUGACAGACUUAGUUUUGAGAUAUUCACAUAAAUAUGCUGCAGAUAAUAAUAGACAUGACUUCAUAGUCUCUAAGGAAGAAUUGUUAAAUUUUAUAGGAAUAAUGUAUCUUUCCGGAUAUCACACUUUACCACAAACUUCAAUGUACUGGUCCACUGAGGAAGACAAAGGUGUGGGCAUAGUGAAAAAUUGCAUGAGUAGAAACAGGUUUUAUAGUAUAAAACGAAAUUUGCAUCUGUCUGACAAUGAACAAUUAGACAAAAAUGAUAAGUUCUCCAAAAUAAGGCCUUUUGUGGACAUAAUCAAUAGAAAAAACUUGCAAUGGGGAAUUUUCAAUUUUCAUUUAUCAAUUGAUGAACAAAUGGUGCCAUAUUUUGGAAGGCAUUCUUGUAAAAUGUUCAUCAAAGGCAAGCCGAAUACUUUCAGGCGCCGAGCUGGUCCCAUCUUCAUAGAGGGUAUUAUAGUAGUAGUAGUACUGUCUUCGUCAGUUGCUAUUUCCAGAUCAAAUAUAUUUGAUGUAUCAUCUGGUUCUGAUUCUGAAGGAUGGACCUCUACCCCUACAGGUUCUAGUGGUUCUGGAGGAGUUUCAUGUUGUUGA